AUGGAUUUGAUAAAUCCAAUAAAUGACGCCCGAUUCUACGAGUCACUCAUCAAGGAUCCGCGGCGAAGGACCGAUGAGGAUGUCCGGAAUAUCUUCGAAAAGCUGCGGGGGCUCGACAUGUUCGCCCACCUUUUCACGGGGCCGCUGACGGCGAUUUGUCGAAGUGCUCGAUACGAACGACACCCGGCACAUCAUAUUCUGUUCAGGAAGGAGCAGAAGGCGACGUGCUGGUACAUUCUACUCUCCGGUUCCGUCCUCAUCGAAAGCCAUAUUUUGCUGCCUUAUGGCUGAGGGGAACGUCGUUUCUAUGCCCCGCUAUCCGAUAUUUCGGAAGGGGCCGAGGAUCUGGAUGCGAACAACAACGACGCCGAUUUCUUCUCGUUUGUUGAGGACAAACGGUGCCCUGAUCCGAUGUCGGAUACGGAUACGGAUAAAACGGCAAAAGACGACGAAGACGUCCAGCUAAUUGAAAAGUUGCGGCCGGCUUGGGCGUUGAAACGCGGGAAAAUGAUGCUUGACAAUAGCCAGACGUUUCGAGAGACCGUAGCAUCGGCCAAGCUUCCGGCGGAGGCGCUGGUUACCAAAUCCGCCCUCCAGCUUCAGGACCCAAGUCCCGUGUCGGAGGGCCGAUUUGAGAGACUGGAGCUCGAAGCCAAAAUCGAAACACCUGAGCCAGAGCUUCAAAUCCUCGAAACCCAGAUAUUCAGCUGUCCACAGGCCCCCGGCCCAGUCGAUUUUGAAGAUUUCGGCCCUCAAAGCAUCUACGUGCCCUACUUUGGGCCCCAAGAGGACUAUGGGAAGCUGGGGUCGGUGGUUUUGGACUCGUUUGAAGCCGAGCUCAUUCGACUGCAAGCCGAGCUGUCGUUUGCUGCUCGCCCAUUGCCGCCGUCACCGAAGCCCGUCCCGAAGGGCGCAGCUGACCGCAUCAUUAUUUCUAUUCAUCCUUCAAUUUCUCCGGAAAAGGCGAUCGCUUCACGAAAAGCCUCCAGCCUGCCCGAUGAGAAGAGCAACUUCGGCAAGCGGAAUGGCCUGAGCUGUCGACGGGCCACCGAUUGUAUCUGCCUGCAGACCAGCGAGAUGAUUGUGAUGGUCUUCGCCGUCGUACCCGACGCGGGCACCGUCGUCAUGCAGAACAACGAAAAGAUCGAUGCAUGGGCCGUAAUCGUGAACGGAUGCGUGGAAGUGGUCAAGCCCUCCGGGGAACGCGUCGAGUUCAAGCUGGGCGACUCGUUUGGCUGCGAGGCGGUGAAUUCGGUGCAAUAUCACACUGGCGAUAUGCGUACGAUGGUAGAUGAUUGCGAGUUUGUGCUGGUUGAGCAUCGCGAUUUUUGUUCGAUUAUGAGCACGAUCGGCGAACACAUCGAGCGUGGCCGUGACGAAGCGACCGGUGAGGUCGUCUCUGAAAUUGAGAGGCGAGCCAUCGGUGCCCAAGUCGGACUCGUCCUCAUCAAGGCCAAACCCGACAAGUUGGUCUCACACCUCGUCGAAGAACGCGACGGGCAAGUUGACGCCAAUUAUAUCGACGACUUCCUGCUCACCUAUCGGGUAUUCAUCCACGACCCGGUGAUGAUCUUCGAGAAACUGAUGCAUUGGUUUGCCGAACCGCAGUACCGUGAUCGUGUCGCUCGAAUAGUGUUGUUAUGGGUGAACAACCAUUACAACGAUUUCGAGACGAACCGCGAAAUGGUCAAGCUGCUGGAGCGAUUUGAGCAGGCGCUUGAACGAGAUCAAAUGUACGCGCAACAGACGCUACUCAAUCUGGCAUGCAGUGUGAAGGCUCGAGUGAGAAGUAUCAAAUAUGCGAGGAGGGAUAAGGAUGAGCCAAUGCAAUUCUCGGUGAUCGGCGGCAAAGAAAUGGGCGCCGGCAUCUUUGUCUCGGACGUGCUACCGGAUUCUGCGGCCGAAGAAGCCGGGCUGAAGCGGGCGGACGAGAUUCUAGAGGUCAACGACCAGACGCUAAAAUUUGUCACGCUUCAACGGGCCAUCGAUUUGCUGAAGGGCAGUAUAAAGUUGCAGCUCGUCGUGAAGAACAACAUCAAUGGCUUCAAGGAACUGAUCCAAAAACACGACAAGGCCGACGCGAAGAAAAACCAUUUCGGGCCGAUGAACGGUCUGCCGCACGUCAUCCCGGUGAAGGGUGUCGGCGCUCAGCCAAACAACAACACGCACAGCAAGGCCAAAAUGAACGGGAACAAGGGAUAUAUGGACAAGUUGUUUACGAUGAUUCGCUCGUCAAAAGACAUUGAUGCCGUUGAUUCGGCCUCCGAUACGACCACCGACAUCGUGCGGGCCUCCAAAUCCAACCCGGACCUGUUGAGCGCCAUCUCCUCGUUCUACGGCCCGCCCAAAACGGACAGCCCCGAGCAUGUGUUAAAGAUCUACAGGGCCGACCAAACAUUCAAGUAUCUCCCCGUCUUCAAGGAAACCACCGCACAGAACGUCGUGCAACUCGCGCUACAGGAAUUCAGCAUGACCGCCGAGAGUGGGCUCGAAUGGGCCCUGUGUGAGGUGACCGUAUGCGAGAAUAUUUCAACUGAAAAUACGAGCGCCAAAAACCCGCUGGUCAUCAAGCAGCGCAAACUGCCGCCACAACUCGAAAACCUGGCCGAAAGGAUCAGUUUGAAUAGCCGGUAUUACCUGAAGAACAACAACCGCAGCGAGCCGCUCGUGCCCGACGAUUUGGCCUCGGAUGUCAUCAAAGAGGCCCAUGCACAUAUUUUGUCGCUGAAUGCACAGGUUCUGGCCGCGCAGCUGACCCUGCAAGACUUUUCGGUCUUUGCCUCGAUCGAACCGACCGAAUACGUCGACUCGUUGUUCAAGCUGGAGAGCCGGUAUGGCUGGCCUCGGCUCGACGAAUUCGAAACGGUGUUUAACCGCGAAAUGUGGUGGGUGGCGACCGAGGUUUGUCGUGAGAGGAGUACGCAGCGAAGGGCCAAGCUCGUCAAAAAGUUCAUCAAGGUUGCACGGCACUGUCGUGAUCUGCGCAACUUCAAUUCAAUGUUCGCCAUUGUCUCUGGGUUGGACAAACCGGCGGUUCGUCGCCUACAUAAUACCUGGGAACGCGUCGGCGGAAAAUACUCGCGGUUCCUCGAAGAAAUCCACUCGCUCAUCGACCCGUCGCGUAACAUGUCCAAAUAUCGGCAACAUUUGGCCCUGGCCAGUCAGGAGCCGCCCGUCGUUCCCAUCUUCCCGGUCAUUAAAAAGGAUCUCACCUUCCUCCACGAGGGCAACCCCACCUACACCGAUAAACUGGUCAACUUCGACAAGCUGAGAAUGAUUGCACGUGAAGUUCGCAGGGUCAACAAGCUCAGUUCGGCACCUUAUGAGAUCGGAAGCAUGGCGGAGAGAAGCGGCGGCUCGGUGAACGACGCCCUUCUGUACAUGAACAGCUUCGACAACGGCACCGGCACGGUAGCCACCAUGCGAAAAGGGAAUCGAGCCGGGCAACCGCGCAAGAAGGUCUACGAGCAGGCGCUCAUGGUUCGCAAAGUGAAGGCCUACCUCUCCGGGCUCGACGUCAUCGAAAAUGAGCACGAGCUGGACGGGCUGUCCCUGGAGGCCGAGCCGGCGCCUAACACCCAGAAAUUCAGAAGAGCCCCAUCCCCCACUCCAUCAUCCAUCUCCUCUCAUUCCACCGGCUCCGAUCAGAAGCGAGUCCUCAACGGCGGUGGCACCAAAUUCGGCAUCGACUCGCCGCAAGCCGUCCAAAAGAUGCUGGCCCUUGUCCAAAACUCGAGGGUCAAGUCGACAUCAAGCCAGGCCAGCCCCGCUUCAUCUUCCAGGUCGAUCCCAUCCAGGACCACAGUUUCAGCCAGGUCAUCGGCCGGUUCGGGGAUGCUUCGUAUGAGUCGAGGGUCAUUGGCCGAAAAUGGUGGUCUCCCGCAGCGGGCCGUUGAUUUGAACCGCGAGACGAGUGCCGUUACUAAUAUCUACGGCAACGACGUGCUGAUC